UCACGAGAGCAAACACCCGGCCGCGGCGCUUCCCGGCCGGUCCCUGCGCGGCGGGCCAUGGCCAACGUCUCCAAGAAGGUGUCAUGGUCCGGCCGCGACCUGGACGACGACGAGGCGGCGCCGCUGCUGCGGAGGGCGGCGCGGCCCGGGGCUCCGGCCGGCGAGGGCACGCCGCUGCUGAACGGCGCGGGGCCCGCGGCCGUCCGCCAGUCGCCCCAUUCCACGUUUUUCCGGAUUGGACAGAUGAGCAACGUGGAGCUGGAUGAUGAGCUUCUGGACCCUGACAUGGACCCCCCUCACCCUUUCCCCAAGGAGAUCCCGCACAAUGAGAAGCUCCUGUCCCUCAAGUACGAGAGCUUGGACUAUGACAACAGUGAGAACCAGCUGUUCCUGGAGGAGGAGAGGCGGAUCAACCACACGGCCUUCCGGACAGUGGAGAUUAAGCGCUGGGUCAUCUGCGCCAUGAUCGGGAUUCUCACGGGCCUCGUGGCCUGCUUCAUUGACAUCGUGGUGGAGAACUUGGCCGGCCUGAAAUACAAGGUCGUCAAGGACAAUAUCGACAAGUUCACGGAGAAGGGUGGGCUGUCCUUGUCCCUUGUGCUGUGGGCCGCGCUAAAUGCUGCCUUUGUGCUCGUUGGCUCUGUGAUCGUCGCCUUCAUAGAGCCAGUUGCUGCUGGCAGUGGGAUCCCCCAGAUCAAGUGCUUCCUCAAUGGGGUGAAGAUCCCCCACGUGGUCCGGCUCAAGACCCUGGUGAUCAAGGUGUCUGGCGUGAUCCUGUCGGUGGUGGGAGGACUGGCCGUGGGAAAGGAGGGGCCAAUGAUACACUCGGGCUCCGUGAUUGCUGCUGGAGUCUCCCAGGGGAGGUCAACAUCACUGAAGCGAGAUUUCAAGAUCUUCGAGUACUUCCGCAGAGACACGGAGAAGCGGGACUUCGUCUCGGCGGGAGCUGCGGCCGGAGUGUCCGCUGCGUUUGGAGCCCCCGUGGGUGGCGUCCUGUUCAGCUUAGAAGAAGGCGCCUCCUUCUGGAACCAGUUCCUGACGUGGAGAAUCUUCUUCGCCUCCAUGAUUUCCACCUUCACUCUGAAUUUUGUUCUCAGCAUUUACCAUGGAAACAUAUGGGACCUGUCCAGCCCGGGCCUCAUCAACUUUGGAAGAUUUGACACAGAGACGAUGGUGUACACGAUCCACGAGGUCCCUAUCUUCAUCGCCAUGGGCGUGGUGGGUGGUGUUCUUGGAGCCGUCUUCAAUGCCCUGAAUUACUGGCUGACGAUGUUUCGAAUCAGGUACAUCCACCGGCCCUGCCUCCAGGUGGUUGAGGCCGUGCUGGUGGCCGCUGUCACAGCCACGGUUGCCUUCGUGCUGAUUUACUCAUCGCGGGAUUGCCAGCCCCUGCAGGGCAGUGCUGUGUCCUAUCCCCUCCAGCUCUUCUGUGCAGAUGGCGAGUAUAACUCCAUGGCCGCAGCCUUCUUCAACACCCCAGAGAAGAGUGUGGUCAGCCUUUUCCACGACCCCCCAGGCUCCUACAACCCAGCGACCCUUGGCCUCUUCACCCUGGUCUACUUCUUCCUGGCUUGCUGGACCUAUGGGCUCACGGUGUCCGCCGGUGUCUUCAUCCCGUCCCUGCUCAUCGGGGCCGCCUGGGGCCGGCUCUUUGGCAUAUCCCUGUCCUACGUCACGGGGGCUGCGAUCUGGGCGGACCCUGGCAAGUAUGCCCUGAUGGGAGCGGCUGCCCAGCUGGGUGGGAUCGUGAGGAUGACGCUGAGCCUGACGGUCAUCAUGAUGGAGGCCACCAGUAAUGUGACCUACGGCUUCCCCAUCAUGCUGGUGCUGAUGACUGCCAAGAUCGUGGGGGACGUCUUCAUCGAGGGCCUGUACGACAUGCACAUCCAGCUGCAGAGCGUGCCCUUCCUGCACUGGGAGGCACCUGUCACCUCGCACUCGCUCACCGCCAGGGAGGUGAUGAGCACGCCGGUCACCUGCCUGCGGAGGAGGGAGAAAGUGGGCGUCAUCGUGGACGUGCUCAGCAGCACCACGUCCAAUCACAACGGCUUCCCCGUGGUGGAGUACACUGACGACACCCAGCUGGCCCGGCUCCAGGGCUUGAUCCUGCGCUCCCAGCUGAUCGUCCUCCUAAAGCACAAGGUGUUUGUGGAGCGGUCCAACAUGGGGCUGGUGCGGCGGCGGCUGAGGCUGAAGGACUUCCGUGAUGCCUACCCGCGCUUCCCCCCGAUCCAGUCCAUCCACGUGUCCCAGGAUGAGCGCGAGUGCACCAUGGACCUCUCCGAGUUCAUGAACCCCUCCCCGUAUACUGUGCCCCAGGAGGCGUCUCUUCCACGGGUGUUCAAGCUCUUCCGGGCUUUGGGCCUCAGGCACCUGGUGGUAGUGGACAACCACAAUCAGGUGGUUGGGCUGGUGACCAGGAAGGACCUGGCCCGGUACCGGCUUGGGAAGGGGGGCCUGGAGGAGCUCUCGCUGGCCCAGACGUGAGGCCUUGGCCCCGGCCCCUCCUCCUCCUGGGGUUCCUGCCUCGCUCCAUGUGCAGCCGUGAAUCCAGUGCCCUCCACACCUCGGGGACCAGCCGACUGCCCCCUGGGCACUCUGUUUACAUUCUCAGCUCGGUCUUCUGGCCUCAGCCCCGUAGAUCCCAACCUCCAUCCUCCUGUGUUUCUCGACCUUCAGGGAUCAGACGCUCGUGCAGCUGCUCCUCGCAGGCUGCUGGCUUCCUGAGAGCCAGCGAGAGGGCGUGUGUACACAUUUGUGUAUGAGCGUGUUUCCGUGUGUGUUUGUGUGUCUGUCUCAGUGUGUGUGUGUGUGUGUGUGUGUGAGAGAGAGAGACAGCUAGGGAGCUGGUCCCUGUGGGUCUGAGUGUUGCAGGCCCCCAGAGCAAGGCCCCAUCACUGCCUCUGUUCCCCGUUACCCUGGGAGCCCACCCAGAAGGACCGUACCACCUGCACACCCCCACCUGAAGGCUGGGGGACGUAAGGCUGCAGCAGAGGCUUCUGGCCUUGUCCUUCUUGGUCCUCAGCUCAGUCUGCAGCCACGAGGUGGUGGGCCUGUGCAGUGGGGCCCUGCCUGGGCAAUGGCCCCAGUGGACGCAUGAAGGCAAGGCUUCUGGGGAGCAGGACACCUUGGAGAGUGGAUUCCAGAGUGGGCUCUGUUGGGAAGCUGGCUGUUGCCCCAGACUCACCGCACACACCCCCUGGGCCACACCUUGACUCUGGGCGCACGAGGCUCUCUGGCCAAAGGAGAGCUGAGAAUCACUCACAGGCCUGAACCCCCGAGUCCAGACAGACGUCCAUUGCCACACCUGUGUGGAUAGCAGCUGGAAAGGCGGGUGUUCUCAGCAUGAGGGGACCCCCUACACCCAGCUUCUGAGGACCCCUGGCCCAGGGCAUUAUUCUGGGGCAGCUCUGGUUCCAAGCCUGAGGGCAGGUGGGCUCUGGGAUGGGCUGGUAAGCCUGGAGCAAGGAUGCUGUGCCCCUCCCAGGCUGGGCAGGCCUGGAUCCUGUGUCCUGUGUCCCCAGGGCCCACUUCUGUGACAAGACAGCGUAGAUGCCUUUGUGGUGGGCUGGCAGGCAGUGCAAGGGGCCGAGGCCUCAGAAGACCAGUCUUCCUGCCAGGAGUCCUCCCUGGGGGGACGGGUCUGAGUGGGGUUCCUGAUGGGAGGAAUAAAGAAACUGUACCCAGCCA